GACGUCAUGUUUGAGGCUAACGUGCCCACAUGCUGUUUCUUCCACAUGAUUUUCUUCAUAUCGGAGCCGUUUCUGUGAAGGAUUUUGUGACAUGAGAUCAGGAGGAGCCCUGCGGCGAUUUUAAGUGUAGAAGAUGCUGAGUGACUGUGAGGCUGCAGAGCUGCUGUCCUUCCUGACCCCCAGCACCAGGCCUGAUGUGAAGGGAAAGGCUACAGAGUACAUCCUGGGACUGUCUGGGAACAGAGAUGGCUGCCGCUUCCUCUGCUCUAAAGCCGACCUCAUCGCUGCUCUUCUUGCAUUGACCUCUGACCCCUCUGUGGCCAUAGUUAAGGACUGUUACCACAUCCUGAUCAACCUGUCUGCUGAUGAGACUCUGCACCAGGUUCUGGUCUCUAAGGUGAAAAUUCUUCCAGUGCUUUUAAAGAACCUGCAGGAUCCAGAUUAUCUGUUCUCUGAUCACAUUUCCACCAUCCUGUCCAACCUGAGCCGCCAUGAGAAGACCUGCAGAACCGUGUUCGAGGUCCUGCAGGAGGAGGUUGGUUUGGCCAAACUGGUGGAAAUCUUCUGCAACGAAAGCUACAACAAAAAGGCCAAACUGCACUACAUGGGCCCCCUGCUGUCCAACCUGACCCAGCUUCCUGAGGCCAGGAGCUACAUGAUGGACCAGGACAGGUGUGUGAUCCAGAGAUUGCUGCCCUUCACUCACUACGAGGGGUCGUUGGUGCGGAGGGGCGGAGUCAUCGGCACGCUGCGGAACUGCUGCUUCGAGCACGCUCACCAUGAGUGGUUGCUGAGCGACGCUGUGGACAUCCUGCCGUUCCUGCUGCUGCCGCUGGCCGGUCCAGAGGAGCUGACGGAGGAGGAGAAUGAAGGUCUGCCGGUGGACCUGCAGUAUCUCCCCGAGGACAAGAAGCGAGAGGAGGACCCAGACAUCAGGAAGAUGCUGCUGGAAACGCUGCUGCUGCUGACUGCGACCAAAGCUGGCCGGCAGACGCUCAAACAGAAGAACGUUUAUCCCAUCCUGAGGGAGUUCCACCGCUGGGAGAAGGACGUUUACGUGGCGGCCGCCUGCGAGAAGCUCAUCCAGGUGUUGAUCGGUGACGAGCCGGAGCAGGGCAUGGAGAACCUGAUGGAGGUGGAGAUCCCGCAGGACGUGGAGGAGAAGCUGAAGGAGGCCGACGCCAAGGAGCAGGAGGAGCUGGAGAGAGAGGAGAGAAUGAGACGAGAAGAGGAGGAGAAGAAAAAACGUGACGCUGAAGGAACAGAUCAAGAAAAAUAGAGUGGACUCUAAGAAUGAUCCAGGCUCUAUCAUUCAUUCAUUUAUUUAUUAAUACACAUAUACAGCUCAAUGACUUAUAGCAGAGGUCUUCAACAGGGGUCCACCACCCCUAGGGGUUCCACAGAGGUACUGCAUGGGGGUAGCAAAACGUUUUUUGGGUGAUUAGACUAUUUUUUUUAUAUUCCUCCCUGCAAUUUUUCCACAAAUUUUUUCUACUAAUUGAAAUGGCCUCCUCUCUGCGCAGACGACCUGGUUCCUGAGCAUAAAUCAGCCUUAACAUCGAUGGGAAAUUAACCACUAAGGAGGUAGUGUUGACAGUUACUGCUACCUGCUCUCAAAAACAGGUAAAUCUGAAGGUCGUCUACGUAACAUUGAAAAAAGAAGUGGUGCAGAUUUAUAAUCCAGUCAAGAGAUAGAAUAUGAAAAGAAAAAAGGAUGGGACCAUGAAUGGAGCCCUGUGGAACCCCACAUGACUAAGGAGGACUAGAGGAGGAAUUAAUCAGGACGGUUAAAUGUCCGUCUGUCAAAUAGCUACAGAUUCCAACAUACGGGUUUAAAUGAGACGGAUCAGCUGUCCUCCAGGCUUCCUGAAGCUCUCUCUGCUUUCCAGCUUCCAACUAUUUCCUUCUAAACAUUUCCCAAAAAGUCCUAAACUGAAGAAAGCACAGAAUCCGACUGCUGGGAAGCAGAACGGGAAAAAAGGAAGACCUGAUGAGGAGUUUUAAUCCCUCCUCUCACCAGACGCCGACCAGGAGGAAGGCGUCCUGAAGGGUGCCGACCAGGAACCAUCAGGAACAUCUGCCGUCGUGAUCAGUUCACAUUUCUUUGUGCUUUUUAAAAUGAAGCCUUUUUCUUGUUGAAAUGUGGAUGUUUAUACAUUUAUAUUUAGUAGUUUGUUUUUUACACAGUUAGAGGUUGGGUUGCCACUAUGCUAAAAUGUAUAACUAUAAAAUCCCAAGGAAAUAAUCGAGGCUCUAUGUUAUGUUUAACAACCGUGAGGAUGAAAAAACAAAAAUAAAAUGAUUGAGAAAUUUUAUAAACCUGAGAAACUCCCAUU